GCCGCGCGGGGAACCGGGUUCCUCACGAACGACGAAAGGAGGGGGAGGAGAAGGAGAAGAGGAUCAAGAAGAAGAAGAAGCAGUAGCCGCCAUGGAGAUGGAGAAGGAGUUCAACCAAAUCGACAAGGCCGGCAGCUGGGCGGCCAUUUACCAGGAGAUCCGACGUGAAGCCAGUGACUUCCCAUGUAAGGUGGCUAAACUUCCUAAAAACAAAACUCGAAACAGGUACAGAGAUGUCAGUCCUUUUGACCACAGUCGAAUUAAGCUACAUCAAGAAGAUAACGACUAUAUCAAUGCUAGCCUAAUCAAAAUGGAGGAAGCCCAGCGAAGUUAUAUCCUCACCCAGGGUCCUUUGCCCAACACUUGUGGUCACUUCUGGGAGAUGGUUUGGGAACAGAAAAGCCGAGGUGUUGUCAUGCUCAACAGAGUUAUGGAAAAGGGAUCGUUGAAGUGCGCACAGUACUGGCCACCAAAAGAGGAGAAGGAAAUGAUCUUUGACGAUACCAAUUUGAAAUUAACAUUGAUUUCUGAAGACAUCAAAUCGUAUUACACAGUACGACAGUUAGAAUUGGAAAACCUCACGUCACAAGAAACGAGAGAAAUCCUGCACUUUCACUAUACCACAUGGCCUGACUUUGGAGUCCCAGAGUCUCCAGCCUCGUUCCUAAACUUCCUGUUUAAAGUCCGUGAAUCUGGGUCACUCAGCUCUGACCACGGACCUAUUGUGGUGCACUGCAGUGCUGGAAUUGGGAGAUCGGGCACGUUUUGUCUGGCUGACACAUGUCUCUUGUUGAUGGAUCGGAGGAAAGAUCCCUCUUCUGUGGAUAUUAAGCAGGUUCUCUUAGAAAUGAGGAAAUACAGAAUGGGACUGAUACAGACAGCAGAUCAGCUUCGUUUCUCUUACCUUGCUGUCAUCGAGGGAGCUAAAUUUAUCAUGGGAGACUCUUCAGUUCAGGAGCAGUGGAAAGAGCUCUCCAACGAGGAUUUAGAACCACCCCCCGAGCACACCCCACCGCCACCCAGGCCACCGAAGCGAACCUCAGAAUUGCAUAAUGGGAAGGUACACGACCAAACAGACUUCUUCCCUCAGCACCAGAGGUCAGAAGACCUGAUCGAAUGUGUGGAGAGCCCCAUUGUGUCAAUUGGGUCAGAGGGACGAGCCUCCCUCGCCGCGCCACUGAACGCAGAAAGCACUUGUCAAGACACUGGAGUUAGAAGGAGAACUGUUGGGGAACAUCAGCGUACAACUACCCGCAAAGAAGAGCCAUCCCCGGAAGAGGACGAGGAGAGCGUGAUGCCUAAUUGGAAGCCAUUUCUAGUCAACAUCUGCAUGUUCACCGUCCUCACAGCUGGCGCUUACCUCUGCUACAGGGUAUGUUUUCAUUGAUGGACGUGCCAGCGAGAUGAGAGGGUGUGGAAACAGACCAUCACCUUGACCAGUUUGUGAUUCAGUACUCCGAAAGUUUCUGAGCCAUGCCUCAGUGGAAACGGAUGUAAGGUUGAAAGGCUGGAACUUUGGUAGGGCUAAAAGAGAAUUGAUGCACCAGGGUCUCAAAAAGCCCUCUGGUCCCAAGAACAUAAUAUUCUAGUCUCAGGGCCUUAAAAUAUUCAGGAGUAAGCAGAGAAAAUGCCAAAUAAAUCUUUUUUUUUCUUUC